AUGAGUGAGGGUGCCUCGUUAGAAGAACAAAUUCUCGAUGCUUCACGUCGCAAUAAUGCUGAUCUGUUGGAGACAAUAUUCCAAAAUCUCAGCGGCGAUGAGAAGAGAAUCGCAAAUUUGAUUAAUUCUGCUAAGGAUCCUAUGGGUAACACUGCACUACAUUUAUGCUGCCAAUAUGGAUCUUGGGAAGUUCUUGAUAAAAUUUUAGAUCAAGAAGGAGGAAUAGAGAUUGAUCCCAAGAAUAUAGUAGAUGGCGACACACCCUUACAUGUAACGGUUAGGUAUGCCAUCGGAGAACCUGAGCAUGGUACUUUCAUCGCCCAAAAUUUGAUCGAGGUCGGGGCAGAUCCCAGAAUAAGAAAUAAAAGCGGUCAGAAACCAUUAGACUUAAUUCAUGGCGAUAAUCUUGAUGAUCUCAUUGAUUUAUUACAAGGAGCAGAACUGGCUGCUGACAAUGGGAAUAUGGUUAACGAAGAAGACGCAGAGAUUAUAGAUGACGGUCCCGAGGACUAA